UUAUUUAAAACUGUGAAUUAUUGUAUUAAUAUUUAUGUAUAUAAAAUAGAGUUGUAGUAUUUAUAAUAAAACAAUUUUCUUACAAAGUUUAGUAAUAACUUUCGAGUAUUUAAUUUUUUAAUUUUACUCUCAAAUUUAUAUACAUAUUUAAAAAUUAUUAUAAUGAAAAAACAUCAGGAAGAUCAGUUUUCAAAAUUAUCUGAAUUUUUAAAUGAAACAAAACAACCUUUUACCAAUGUUCAAACUGAUCAAAUAAACCAUUCAAUGGAACUUCUCAAAAUACUUCCAGCAGCUCUAGAUGCUGUGCUAGAAUAUUAUGGAAAAUUUUUCGAUUAUGCAAUUUCUACUUACUUAAAACAACUAAAAGUUCAGCCUUCAUGGGUUGAGUCUGCAAGUAUGUCAUCUAGACAUGAUCCACCAGUUAUACCACAAGAAGUAAUUGAAAAUGUUACAAGUAUUAGAGAUGCUCUUUUAAAGCUUGUUGAAGAAAAUCAUUCUAUUUGGUGUCCAGUAGUUUUACAUUGGUCUUAUAAGUUAUUAGGAAAAGUUUCUAAACACUACAAUGUGCAUGAGUUUGCAAGAAUGCCAUUAGGUGAUAUGUUGAGAUUUUGGUCACAGUGUUCAGUAGCAUGUAUAUUAGUAGAUAUAAAUAACAGAACAAUUGCUAAAAUGCUUUCUGAAGAAGGUGAACAUUCGGUUAGCUGUAUGAUAGAAACAAUGUUAGGCUAUAAAAGUUCUAGUUUUGAAUGGGUAUUGGCUCAAAUCGGAGAAAGUUUUCCUUCUUUAAUAGUUAAGUAUAUGCUGAUGUAUAGUGUUAAAGAAAUGUGUACUACAAAAAAGUUUAAACAUACAGAAAAAUUGAAUUCAUUCAUCAGAAUUCUUGAUCAUCUAUCAAUAGCAUAUUCCAGCAUUAUUAAAGAAGUUGUUUUAGAAAUAUUUAAAUUAAGUAUAAGUGAAGAUUUACAAAAAUUGAAUGCCGAGAAAAUAACAAUAGUACCUUUUCUUUUAUACUUAUCAAGAUGUUCUUCUACUCUACUUAAGUCAACUUUAUGUGAAAACUUGAUUUAUAUUACACCUGAAGUAUUAUAUAAACUAGCACCUUUAUGUACACAUUGGAAAAUUUAUUUUGAUGAUCAGUGUAAUUUAUUAGAUCUUAUUGUUCAAGUGUUGAUAAAUUCUGACACGGGAAUUAAGUAUUUUUUGAAUCUAAUGUUUGAUUUAAUUGCCUGUGACAAUUCAAAAUUUAUAAAUCUUAAAACUGGAACUCAAUUAUUAUUUGACCAGUUUUUAGCUGAACUAGAAAUGGUAACCAGAACAAAUAGAACAUCACCUCCAGUAUUAAAAGCAGUAGUUGUAAAUCUUCAAACUAUAAAACUUUAUUUAAUAUCUGAUAAUGUUGAAUUAGCUCAACCAGCAGCAAGAUUGUUAUGUUGUGCUGCAAUUAAAGACCAGGACUGUUUAUCAUUAUGCAUAGCAGAUAUGUUAAUCAAUUGUGAUACUAGUACUAAAAUCGAAACACUUAUAGAAGUUUUAUCAUUUGGUACUAAUAUAACACAGUUUGAAAGUGGACUCAUUUAUGCCUUAGUUCAAAGUGAUAUUUCUUUAAAUAAUGUUUGGAAUAACAUUUAUAAUUUACUAUGUCUUGAAUCAAGCAAUUCAAUUGAUGGUGUAUCAUUACUUGGAGUAUCUGUUGCUGUAAUUAAUCAACUAGAUAAAAUAUGUAGAUGUAUAAUUGAGUCUUGUCACUAUGGAGACAUGGAGUCUGCUCAUAUGUUGUCAUCAAUACUUUUUAAAGUAUCCUCAAAUUUAUCAUUACGAGAAAUGUCAGUAUCAAAAGUUCUUUAUUCUGUUAAAGCAGUGGUGUUAUAUUUUUUUACUUGUCUUUUUAAAGAGAAAGAUGAAAUCUUAAAACUCAAAGCUUGUGUUAAAAUGAAUAAGAUUAUAAAUACUGUAAGUCAUCGUUCGUCUAUUGCUAGAACGGCAGCUAUGAAAUAUAUAUUGGAUGGAAUAUUAAAGGAACCUUUUUCACUAUUGUUUAUUAUGCCAAGUAAUCGAAGAAAUGAUUACAUUGUUCAACCACCUGAAAAAACUUCCUUAAUGGAAUCUUUUUUGCAACAGGAAUAUAAUAUAAACUUUGGUGAAUGUAUUGGUAAUAAAUUUGAUAAAGAUGAACAAAAUUCUAAGUAUAAAAUUUCUGCUUUUAAAGCUGAAGUAGUUCGUUUUAAUGAGCAAAGACUUGUUUCAUUUUUACGAUCUUGUUAUUCAUCUGAUGAUAACUAUUCAUUUGAACCAACAUUGGAUACAGUUGUGUCAUUAGCAUUGCUAGUUGUUCAAUUUAUAUCACCUGAUGUUAUGUAUAAUGGUUUACCAUGGCCUGAUGAAGAUUUUACCAAAGUAACAAUCGAAAGAGAUGUUCAUAUAUAUCAUACAAUUAGUACUAAGCCAAUAUUAUGGACUAUUCUUGGAAUAUUAGCUGCACAUAGACCAGCACUUUGUUAUUGUUCUGUACUUUUACGUGCAGUGUGUGCUUGUUUAAUAAACCAUUGGGGAGCAGUUAAUCAUGCAAAAGGAAGUGCAAAAAACCAUAAGCAUUUAAUGAAUGAUACCGUAAAGUUAUUAAAUACAAUGUCACUUGGUCAGCUUUUGCCAAAACCUUUAGAUAUUCUUGGUGUCGUAGUCCAAAAUCUUACCCCUCAACAAAUUAUUAUUGUUCUUCGAGAUUGUGUUUGGACUUAUACUAGAGACCAUAUACCAGCUCCAGCGCUUUUUGUACGUAACAACAAUGGCGGAAUGUGGAGGGACACAAUUUCAAUUUCAGUACCAAAACCUUAUUCAGAUUCAUUACGUUUAACUAUGAUUGAAAAUAUAUCUCAAUUUGGAGAUAUAUAUGCAAGAUUGUUUUUAAACAAUGAACAAUCAUCUGAAACAUAAAAUAAUUAAGUUAAAUUAAUUGUAUAUGUAUAAUCAAUUGUAAAAUUUAAACAUUUUUAUUUUAAGAUUAGACUAAUUAAUAUUUUUCCUAAAAUUUCCAUGCUUAUUACAUGAAUGAUUGUCAAAUUUUUUUGGAAAUUAUGAAUUCUAAAAUUCAAAAACUAAAAAUUGACUUAUGUAUUAUUAUUCAAUGUAUGAAAACAUAAAUAUUUUCAAUUGUCCAGUAU